AUGUUCUUGGUGCUCAAACUGCUAAUCAUGCUCAUACUGCUCUCUCUACUAUUAUUUUAUAUUUUGGUUGAGAGCAGCAUCAUUUGUGCAGUUUGGUGGUGGAAUUUACUAUAUCUUUGCACCAACACUGGGAGCACUUCAAGCCAAAUGGCCAAGCGUCCAGCACUUAUGGCCGCCGUAUUGACACGUCAGGCAAGAAAGACGAAUCGUGGCCAAGAGAACGUAACUCCUUGCACCAAUCUGCGCCAAUCAUUUAAAACCAGCUGGAAAUUCCUCGUAGUCUAUCCUCUGUCUCUUGGGCCGUCUGUUUUCUGUUAUCCAGUCAAAAUGAAUAUGGCUGCUGAGGUGAGGUGGCUCGCGAUUUUAAUCGCUUUUACGGUCAUCCCGGCUUUUCACGCGGAAUCUCCACAUAGAAAGUUCGAAUAUAAAUAUUCGUUCAAGCCGCCUUAUCUCGCGCAAAAGGAUGGCACUGUUCCCUUCUGGGAAUACGGAGGAAAUGCAAUUGCUAGUUCUGAGAAUGUCAGAGUAGCUCCUUCGCUUAGAAGUCAAAAAGGAGCGAUUUGGACAAAGCAGCCGACAAAUUUUGAUUGGUGGGAGGUUGAUCUUGUUUUCCGAGUAACUGGACGUGGUAGAAUAGGAGCAGAUGGUCUAGCAUUUUGGUAUACGACAGAAAAAGGUGCCUACAAUGGUACAGUCUUUGGUAGCUCGGACCAAUGGAAUGGUCUUGGAAUUUUCUUUGAUUCUUUCGACAAUGAUAAUCAGCACAAUAAUCCCUAUAUCUUGGCAAUGCUCAAUGAUGGCACAAAGAGUUUUGAUCACAGCAAAGAUGGGUCCACACAACUACUCGCCGGAUGUCUUCGGGAUUUUCGUAACAAGCCAUUUGCAACACGUGCAAGAAUAGAAUACUAUCAGAACACAUUAACAGUUUUAUUCCACAAUGGUAUGACCAAUAAUGAAAACGAUUACGAGCCAUGUAUUCGAGUAGAGAACAUAGUUCUACCAAAAUCUGCAUACUUUGGAGUAUCCGCAGCUACAGGAGGUCUAGCUGACGACCACGAUGUUCUGCACUUCCUAACAACCUCUCUCCACCCACCUGGUCAGAUGAGCGGAGACGGUCGCAAGGUGUCCACGGAAGAGGAAAUAAAACUGAGUCAAGAAUAUCAGGACUACCAGAAGAAGCUGGAUCAACAGAAAGAGGAGUAUCGUCGGGAACAUCCUGAGGAGCAAGAACAAAAAGAAGAGUACAAUGAAUGGUUUGAGAACGACAACCAAAGAGAACUCAGGCAAAUUUUCACUGGACAAAGUCAAAUGUUCGACGUGUUGCGCGAGCUCAAUAGAAGACUGGACGAAGUGGUAGGUCGCCAAGAGAGGACGCUGAGUCUCAUGUCUCAGCUCCAGAUAGGCGGUGUCCAAGGUGCUGGUGUUCAAGGUGGACAACCUAUCCAAGUCAUAGAUACCAUCCGCAGACAGGAAGUCGACGCAGUCAUUAAUAAUCAAAAUAUCAUCGUCAACACAGCCAGGGAGAUUAAAUCAUUCCUUGGCGAAGUAAAUUCCAAGGCUGAUACCAUUCUAAAUAAUCAAGCUCGCGCACCUACUGCUCAAGUACAGCCAAUGGGAUACGAUUAUCAGUCACUGAUAUCUGAGAUGCGUGACGGACUGAAUGUGAUCAAGCGUGACGUGGCUCAAACUAAUGCAAAACUGUCCAGUGGUACCGUCGAUUGUCCAACUGGAAAUUGUCUGACAACGACAAUGUUCCUCGUCUUCCUGGCUAUACAAAUGAUUAUUUUACUCGGCUAUAAUAUGUACAAAGAUAACAGAGAGGCCCAAGCCAAGAAAUUCUUUUAGAACUCAUGAGGCAGAAGAGGAGUAACCGUUUAACGUUACACUUCAGAAGACACACAUGCACAUAUUGUUAUGAACUCUUUAUUAUCAAUUUACAUUGGUCAUCUCUCUUUUGUCUUCGCAUCUACUUAUAUACACUGUUUUUGGUCUUUUUUUACAUGCGACGAUCUUUUUCUUCCAAUUCUUUUUUCUUUUAAUCAAAUCCUAUUUCGUAUUUACCGCGCGACUCAGUGAUAACGAGAGUCUACGGUGCCUUUGUGGAACUAGUGGAUGAGUCUGAAGCGUAUUUUUUUUUUUCUUAUUUCAUUACAAGGAAAAGUGAGAAGAAAAAAAAACAGUAUAAUGUAAUUGUCAAUUUUGACCCACGUAAUCUGCGAUCACCUGGGGCGCUUUGUGAAAUUGCGAAUCUUCUUUCGUCUUUUCUUGUAUUUUUAAUUGCAUCUGCUGUUUGUACUUCUUUGCCAAAUAAUUAAUUGCUUUGGGUUUACUCCUGAGAUUGACUUAAAGACGAAAACAAAGACAUUGAACAGUGAUACAUAUUAUCAUUCUCUUUACUUGUGUUAUCACGUACAGCAUACUGUGCAUAUAGUAUAUAUAUAUAUAGAUAUAUACAUAUAUAUUUUUUACUAUCAAUCAACACAAGCGUCUCGCAUGUCUCUUUUCAUAUACUUCUUUUUUCUUCUCCUUGAUCAAUUAUUUUUUUAAUAGCGCUUAGCGUAAAUCGCGUCUUUUCAUUAUUGGUUCAUUAUCACAUGAGACGACAGGGAUGAUGCAAAUUCUUAUGAGAUAAGGUAUACAGUAAAAAUAGUAUUAAUUUAUUGACAAAAAAAUCGAAGGAGUCGCUAAGAACAAAAUAGUAACUUUGCCUUAAAGUCAAUAGCGUUACAGGCAUUAUGGCACUAAAGUGAAUACGGUCUGUACGUUGAAAGAGAAGUUAAUAAGGGAUUUAUAAAUAUUAGGAGUGUCUUUAUUCAAAUUAUUAUUAUUUUCAAUUCGCGCUGGUUACUCAAAAAUAAAGAAUGAGAAUCGCACGCGUCUUUGUCGGCGUGAAACACGAUGGAGAUUCGUUUGAGAACGUUAGACUGUAAAAAGGCAAGUUCCGUUUUCCAUAAGUUACUUAUUUUUGUCCAAUUUAAUUUGGUACCUAUAUCUCUUUUUUUUUCGUUUUCUUUUCCAUGAUUCUUCACUCAGCAACAAGUAUGUUUCAGGGUUUGAUAAGCGAUGAGCGAAGUCUGACACAUGACAAGUAAUUCCAUAUUAUUCGCAUUUAUGUGAGAGUUUAUCAAUGUUUGUAAUGUGUACCAGGUACGAGAAAUGAAAUAAAAAAAAAAAAGGAAAAGAGAAUCAGGAA